AAUCUAACACCAAACGCCGCUCACCACCACCAGUUUCGCUCGCUCUCUUUACGUGGCUCGCGUUGCUUCCAUGCUGGCAGCACGGUCAUCACUCGUUCCCUCCUUAAAUCCACCCCCGGAUGCCCUAAAUCUUCUUCUCUCAUUCUCUCGGCUCGGACAGGUGGAACCGGCUAGCAAAGAUGUUGGACGUUUGGUCGUGGAUUUGCGCGUUGCCCGACUCGGCAGCAUGGACCGAGCCGGACUCGGACUCACCGCAGGUCUUCGAGCUCGCGAGUUCCAAGACGGGUCGCGGCGGAGCAGCUCGCACGAUCAGGAUUGGAGCGGACCGGACCUCGAGACCUGGUUCGGAACCGUCGGUGACCUUCACGGUCCGUGCUUGCGGCUUCCAGGAAUCUAGCGAGGAGAGGACCCUCUGGGUCUCCGACGCGUGUCCUCUCUCCUCGGACAAGCCGUUCCUCCCGCUGCUGCUUCAGCUUCUCCAAGAGAUAAUCUUACGGUCGCCGACCACUCGCGAGAGCUCAUGCCCACGCUCCCAGCUGCAGAAGCUCCGUCCCGACCCGGUCUCCUGGAUCAUGGAGUCCCACACGCCCGAGUCGCUGUCGAGCUUCUUCAACCUGGUGUUCCUGACGCGCAUGUUCUGGGCCUGCUCGUUCGACGUGCCGAGCGAGAUCGGGUCCUUCUACUUCCAGUUCCUGCUGGCCCCGAACCUGGAAGCGCUGUCCUGCAAGCACGCCCCCGUGCUGCGAACCUUCUUGUGGUCGGUCGGUGCCGACGCAGAGGAGUGCUUCAUGCGCACCCUCGGGUACAUGCUAGCGAAAUGGCUCGUUCUGAGGGAGGUGGGCGUGGGAUUACAAACCCUAACCCCUUUGCCCGUUCAGGGACUCUCCUUCUCCUACGCGACAGAGGCUCACGGGCUUUGGAUCUUGAAGGGCUACGCGCCGGUGGCGGCCAUGAAGCUCACCCGCUCGAACGAUCAGAUGAAGAAGUUUCCCGUCCUAGAAGCGCAAGAUUCAGUGCUGAAGUACGUGCUGUCGCACCAGCAGCUUGAGGCCGUCGUUCAGCUGGAAUAUUCUGUCAAGUUCUGUGACGGGUAUAUCCAGGUCAACACGCGUGUCGACAACAUACGCCUCCACGUGAUGAAUCUCGGGUUCGGUAAGGAAAGCAGCGAGGACGGCUUGGCGUUCGCCGGGGAGCGGCACUUCCCAUCCAGGGCCCGCGUCUGGGUCGGGCCGGAGGUCGGGGCGACAUACGUAGGCGGGCUCAGCCUGGGCCGGUCCACGAGCAACGGGGAGAGAGAACUGGUGACGCAGAGGGUGAUGAAGAGCACCUUCGGGAAGUCGAAGGCGCCGGAGGUGAAGGCCACGGGGAAGACAUCGACGAGGGCGAAGCUGAGGGACUGGAGGUGGGACCAGGACUCGGAAGGCAAUGCCGCGGUGUUCGAUGCGGUCCUGCACGACAGCACCACCGGCCAGGAGGUCGCCAUGUCAUGUCCAUCCAAAGGCGAGGGGUUCCGGAGGAGGUACGCGGCGGCGAACCGACCGUUCACAAAGUCCGGAGGGCUAGUGUUCGCCGGAGAUGAGUACGGAGAGAGCGUGGGGUGGAGGCUGGGCAGGGAGAUGGAAGGGAGUGUGCUGAAGUGGAGGAUUGGAGGGCAGGUGUGGCUGAGCUACGUGGCCAAUGACGUGAAGAGCUCGUACUACGAGACUAGGGUUGUGGAAUGGUGUGAUGAGAUCGACUUGCCUCUGAUUCCUGGCAAAGUGGCGUAGAAAAUUCUGAAACUUAGGGUUUAUUAUGGACCGUGUGUAAAUGCUUAUUACAUAUGUAUUGGUGGAUUAUUGUUCUAGCUUGCUGUGUGGUAAAUUUAGUACUUAUACACAAUGAUGUACCGGAAAUAUGAGGGAAUCAUCAAUGGCAAUAUCUAUGUAGUUUCCAUUUGUUUAGUGAGAAA